AAUUAGCCUCUAUUAGCCUUUGAAAGCAUCCAAACAGGAAGUGCUGUUUACAUGCGAAAUUACUACAAAGUAUCUAGAUUGAUAAAUUAUGAACCAAUACAAUGUCAAUUAAAUCAAUUAUUCAAUUCCGUAAAUACGGCAUACAUUAGAUCUAUGUGGAUAUAUGAUAUCGUUAUUAAUGGUGAUCUGGAUCGAUUUCUUCGCGUUUUGCUGCGAUCGCAAUUGGCUAGCAACAGCACAACAACAUGGCGGCCGAAGAACAAGUUUUCUCCAGGGACGAGAACCACCUGUAACAUAGACCACUUGGUGAAGACGAAAUGUAAACAUGGCCACUCAGGAAAUGGACGAGCGCCUGCGGUGGCUGGAAACACGCAUCACAUCGUCAUUAAGACCGAGGAAUGAGGAUCUUAAAAAUCUCUUCACAAACGAUGAAACAAGGUCCGUCCUUGUUGAAUAUAUCACCAAUGAAGACUUGAGAUGUCUGUACAUCUAUGCCAAGUCUCCCAAGAAUGGGCUGCAGGCGUCCCUCAGCCCUCCAGCUCAACUGCCUGCAAAAGCUGUCUUCUUUUUGAAGACAGGCACUUCUGUCAAGCUCACCAAAGAUAACAUGGAUGAUAACGUUAUAUACAUCGAUGGAGCAAACAUGCCCCUGGAGCACAUGGACAUGCUGGCCAGAGACGUGUUCCUGCCGCUGCUGUGCACAGAGACAGAGCACGCUGAGACAGUCGCUGGGCCUGACAAACUCAUGGACGUUCUACACAGACUGAUGAGCAAUGUGGAGGUGACACAUGGGCACCAACAGGGUUCCAUCGUCCUUCCCCUACCAUCCAUCGAGGUCCUGGCAGAGGCUGCAGCAGCAACCAAUCGGAGAGCAGCUGUCAUCCACGUGCUGGAGUCCACUGUCAUCGGCUGGAUCAAGCAGAUCAGAGGUGUGCUAAAGCAUGACCCCGUUGCUGAGCUGAGUCGCCUCAGCUCCAAGCCCCGCCCCCAGGAUGAGGUCCAGGUGUGGUCUAAUCACCUGUCCCGCCUCCACUCCAUCAACUCCCAGCUGGACGCUCCCAUCGCCUGCGACAUCCUCCUCAACCUGGAGGAGGCAGACAGCUCCUACUCACACAGCUUCCAGAACGUCCGCAGGGAGAUCGCAAAGGCUGUCCAUGACACAAAUGAGCACCUGCUGUACCUGAACACCAUGAGGUCCUGGCUGGACCGGCUGCAGCUGGGGCGCUCGCCGAAGGAAAUCCAGCAGAUUUUUGCCCCCCUGGUACACACCCUGUACCUGGUCUGGAUGCACUCCAAGUAUUACCAUGAGAAGAGACAGUUCCAGACACUGCUGAGAGUCGUUUCUAAUGAGAUUGUUGCCAAGUCACAAAGCAUGGUGGGAGAUGACCUUCUGCACGACACUGUCCAGUCCUACUCCCGGCUGAAGGAUGCCCUGCGAGUGUGUGCUGCGUACAGGGGAACCUACCUGGACUGGCGGGAGAAGGCCAACGCAAUGAACAAGGAGAAAGUGGAGGAGAGUGCCACUUCAUUGAUCCACAGGCCCCAGGGCCAGCUGUGGGCCACCAAGCUGUACGGUACACAUGCCUACGACCCGCGGAGGCCUGCCCAGAAGAACGAGAGCACCACCAGUCUGGGGGUGGAGGAGGAGUGGAAGGACUCCCCCUGGCCACCCCGCAACGCUCGCUGCUUCGACCUGAUGAACAGGUUCAUGGAAAGGUGUAACGAUGUACUGGAGCUUGUGGAGACCACCCGACACUUCCGUCUGCUGGAGUCUGCAGCAGAGAUCGGUGGUGCAGGGGGGAGGAGCCUGGACGCACUGGUGCAGGAAAUACACCAGAACUUUGCCAAAGCCAUGGACGACUUCAUCACCUCAGCAGGAAACAUCUUAGAUGUGGACGACUCCCAUAACUUCAACAAGAGCUUCUUUAAGUUCAGAUCUGUGGUUAAGGAUCUGGAAGCCCAGCUGGCCUCUGUCCUAAACCUGAGCUUCCUGCAGUGUCCUACUGUGGCCUCCCAGCUCAGACUAUUGGAGGUGUUUGAAGGAGUCAGCAGUAGAGAACUGGUGCAGAUGUACCUUACUGAAUGA